CAUUUGCUCAUUAUUAAAGGGCAAGUGUUUUCCCCUGUCUAAAUUCAAGCUCUUGCCUAAAGUAGGAAUAAUGACACAGUGCAGUACAUCCUCUUGCAGCUUGGUGACUCUACAACUUCUGCAGCACCUGCUGGGUUAACAUGGACAAGACCCCGCCCCAAAGUUUGAAAUCAGACCCGCCCACUAGUACUUUAUCUCCGCCUUCCCCAGGAAGCUGCUUUAUAAACACAAUGGAUGGCCGGCUUCAGCGAUGGUUUCCCCUGGCCACACUGAAAUACGAUGGGCAGAGAUACCUGUGCCACGGCCGAGGAGGAGACAGCAGUAGCAGCCCCCAGAUUGUACACGUGACCAAUGGUGCUGAGGUCUGGGGGGCAGACGUGACAGAGGAGACCCUGGAUGAGUGGAGCAACAGCCCCCAGUCUGCACGGAACGGCGCAGAAAAGCUUAAAGAGACCUUCCAGUGCAGCUCGCCUGUCUUAGAUGUACAAGGCAGUUCAGCCAAACUGCUCUUUCCUAAACAUUCGGGCAAUGUGACCCUCUGUCUUUUCAAGCUGCCUGUCUCAGAGGCGAGGGCACACGUGCAGUCUCUCAUCUUCGAUUUAACGGAUCGGGUGUGGGAACUGGAGAAGCUUCAGAAAGAGGGUGCACCUACAUCAGCCAGCCCAGUGAAAGUGUCCCAGACUCCUCAGUCGCUCCUCUUUCAAGAUCUCGAUUCGCGAAAGAAAGGCUACGGGACCUCGGCACCACAGCUCAAGAAGAGAAUUCCAGGAGAGUCUCUGAUUAACCCGGGUUCCAAAAGCAAAAAGGCAGCAAGGGGCGUAGAUUUUGACGACGCUUAAGAGGAAGGAAAUUUCGGUUUAAUCAACAUGUCCAGCAUUCUCCAGAGAGUUUUCAUCUAUGAUCAGUUGAAGACUGCAAGGACAUGUUAAUCGGAACUACAUCAACGCUAUACAGGGUACAGAAUACAGCUACAUUUAUAAUCCAGCUAUGGAAAGCAUGUUACUUCUUACACUCACAGACGCAAUUUACAAAUGCUUGAUAAUACAUUAAAUAUACUGUAAUAUCUAUACUUCCUGGUUGCUCUCUUUCCUGUGGUCAGGCAGAGUUGUGACCAUAGGAAUGAGAACAGCGCAGGAGCAUAAAGUACAGAGAAUCAGAACCCUAUAUUGGGGUAUCCCCUUAAAACCUCUGGGUCACAGUUCCACUCUGCAAUCAAUGCAAAAAAACUUUAUUUUGUAACAGAAUUAAUUCCAUUUUCACAAUUUGUUUGUAGUUAGUAUGGAUACAUUUUAAUCUUUCCUAGCAACAUAUAAAUAUAUUUACAGCUCAUACGGAAACAUUGCCUGAGGAGAGCUGGGUACAAUUAGACCAUACAAGCUUUUGUGCUGCCAUGCAGUAUGUAAAUUCAUUAGCUAUAAAAGAUAUUUAUAUAUAUAUAUAUAUAUUACUUUCCACUAUGGAGUAGAAGUUUUUAUUUAUUGUCUCUGUAUUUCUAGCUUAUGACUGUUCCACUAAAUUUUGUAGAUUGAAAUAAAAUGAAUUAAAUAUUUGGGAACCCAGA